AUGGCUAGAAAACCACAUGUACUGGCUAUACCCAUCCCAGCACAAGGCCAUGUGGCGCCUUUCAUGAAGUUGGCCCUCCAAAUUGCUGCUAAUGGAGUGCAAAUCACAUUUGUUAAUUCAGAAUCUGUACAUGAAAGAAUUAUGGCCUCAGUAUCAGCGGACAUCGAAGAGCAAAGCCUGAUAAGUCUAGUUUCAAUUCCUGAUGCUUUAGAAUCAGGAGGUGCUCAACGAAAUGCUGUUGAUUUCACAAAAAGGGCACAGAAAGGUAUGCCGGGUUCAUUGAAGAGCUUGAUUGAGAAAAUAAACCAGUCUAACAUCAAUGAGCAAAUCACUUGUGUUUUAGCUGAUACAACGGCUGUGUGGGCACUGGAAGUGGCCAAGGAAAUGGGGAUCGAGCGAAUUGCAGUUCAAGUUGCUGGACCAGCAGUUUUGGCCCUCUCACUACAAAUUCCACAGCUAGUUGAGGCUGGAAUUCUGGAUAAGGAUGGAAUUCUAGUGAAAGGCAAAUCAAUCUCAUUAUCAAAGGAAAUCCCUGCCUGGAGUAGGUCAGAUAUUCCAUGGAGCAGCAGUGAUCCAGAAAUGCAGAAAGCUAUAUUUGGACUUUCUUGUACCGUGCCCAAAAUUGUUGGGCUUACCAACUUGAUUCUUUCCAACACAUUUUAUGAACUAGAUGCAUCAGCCUUAAAAUUGGUUCCAAACGUCUUACCUAUAGGCCCGUUACAUGCCAGAAACUAUAUGGGAACUUUUGCUGGGAACUUUUGGCCUGAGGACUCAGUUUGCAUAAGCUGGCUUGAUCAACAAACUGCAGGCUCUGUCAUCUAUGUUGCAUUCGGUAGCACAGGAAAAUUUAGCCUACAACAAGUAGAUGAACUGGCACUUGGUCUUGAACUCACUGGCCAUCCAUUUUUAUGGGUAGUCAGAUCCAACCUUUCAAAUGGGGCAGUUACCAAAUUUCCUGAAGGAUUCAUAGAAAGAAUAGCUGAUCGUGGAAAAAUUGUUGAAUGGGCGCCUCAGGAAAAGGUGUUAGCUCACCCUUCUGUUGCUUGUUUCGUAAGCCAUUGCGGAUGGAAUUCCACUCUGGAGGGUUUAAGCAAGGGGAUACCCUUCCUAUGUUGGCCCUACUUCACUGAUCAGUUACAUAAUAAGAGCUAUAUUUGCGACGUUUGGAGGAUUGGUUUGGGAGUUGACCCAGAUGAAAAUGGAAUCAUAACAAGGCACGAAAUUAGUACAAAAAUAAAAGCAGUGCUCUCGUCUGAUGCUAUAAAAGCAAACGCCCUGCACCUAAAGGAGCUUGCCAGAAAGAGUGUCAAUGAAGGCGGGUCUUCCUACAAGAAUUUCAAGAGCUUUAUUGAACAGAUAAAGGGCGCCUAG